CUGAUAAGUGAUAAUAGGUACCUAUAGUAAAAUUUAUUAAUAUAAUAUUAAUUCAUGUAUUCAUUGUGAUAUAAAUCACGAAUCUUUAUUCGUAGUAUAAAUUAUACAGCCUUAAUCAUAAAUUGCCACUAGCACCUAUUUUUUCAGUGCCCAAUGUUCAUGAGCCAGAAUAUAGUAUAAAAAUGGCCACAAUAACAUUCGAGCGCUAGCUGUUAAUUCAAGAACGAAGAAGUUUAUAGCAACUGAUAAGUCUUCGUUGAAUAAAUACAUAAUGUCUUAUAUAUUAUAUUAUUCUAGAUUCUAUUACUAAUAUAUAUCUAUACAGUAUUAAUACUAAAGUAAGUAAUAUAUAAUUUAUGAUUAUUCGUUUACAUAGGGCAUAGAUAAGAAUGUAGUAGGUAUAACUAGUAUUUACUUUGUUAUUGCCAUAUUGUGCUGCUGUCGUCUCGUCGACAGUUUUUCGUUUUGUAGGUCUGAAUUAUUAUUGUUUUAAAAUUAUUAUUAUUACAUAAAAAAUUAUUAUUAAACUUUUAUUCGCUAUUUAAUUGUUGAUACAAUUAUUAUGAAUUUUUUGUUAAAUGUUCGUUCCACUAAACUUUGUUAAGUUUUUUAUAUAAUUUAAACUGCACAAAUUACAAUUCUUAUUCAUAGGAAAGAAUAAAUACAUCAAAAUGCCAGAACCAGAUAUCCAAGAUGGAAGUCAGACCCAACGUCUGACCAAUGCUGAUUUUAGACGACUUCUCAUGACCCCUAGGUCAUCUCAGCCAUCAACUACUCCAUCAUCUGCCAACUCUACUGAAACGCAGUCGUCCAAAACACCAUCUUCAUCAAAAUUUGAAAAUGGAGGAUCACAUGACAAAGCCGAACUCCGUCGUAAAAAAAAAAUAUUUUAUGCAAAACUUAAAAAACAGGAAGAAAAUAAAAUGGCAGAACUGGCCGAAAAAUAUCGUGACCGAGCCAAAGAACGGCGGGUUGGUGCUAAUCCCGAUUAUCAGUCUCAGGAUCCUGUAGCUGUUGCUAGCGGUUACAGAGCAGUAGCUCCGGACAUGAAAUCUGGUAUGGAUGCAGCAGAGCGCCGACGUCAGAUGAUUCAGGAAUCGAAGUUCUUGGGAGGUGAUAUGGAGCAUACUCAUUUGGUAAAAGGUUUAGAUUACGCUUUGUUACAAAAAGUCAAAAGUGAAAUAACUGCAAAAGAAACUGAACAAGAAACUGAAAUGGAACAGUUAGUUACUACUAAACCGACAAAAGAUAAACCAAAAGACGAAGACGAAAUGCAAUUUAAAUCGCGACUAGGAAGAAACGUUUAUAGGUAAGAAAUUUGACUUAUUGAAAUGUACGGGCUUAGUAAAUUUAGUAAAUUAUUAAUCAAUUUUCUGUUUUAGAGUUGUUCUAUCUGAGAAUGAAUUGAUUCGAAAUCCAUUAUUUGCUCCUGGACGUAUGGCUUACAUAAUUGAUUUAACUGAUGAUAUUACAGAUACUGAUAUUCCAACUACAUUAAUUCGCAGUAAAUCUGAUGUACCCAGUAUGGAUGAUAGACCGACUUUGACCACAAAUGAUAUCGUUAUAAAUAAAUUAGCGCAAAUUCUUUCGUAUUUACGAACUGGACCAAAGAACUUUAAAAAAUCAAAAAAACGCGACAAACUAGUUUUUGAUGAUAAUAUAUACCCUGAAUUACCAGAUUAUGAACCUUCUACUCAAAAACGUAUUGAAGAGAAUUCAAAAAAACAAUUCAACUACUUUAAACAUUCAAAAGAUGAAGAACAAGAAGUUGAAAAGGAACAUCAUAAACGGGAUGAAAUGGGAUGGGUAAAUAUAUUCAGCAUUACAAUUAUGUAUUUUAAAAGUAUUUAUUGUAGUCAAAUUAAAAAUCUAGCAGCAUUGAGUAAAAUUUUAUAACUAGGUAGGUAUUUAUAAAUUAAUUAUACUAUAGGUAAUUUUUUUUGUAUCACAAAUCAAACAUUUUCUCUGAGGAUUUUAAGUGAAUUUUUUCUUUUAAUCAUUGUGUAAUUGUUUAAACUUAGUUUUAAAACACAUUUUAAUUUUUACCCCAAUUCCAUAUGCCUUAUAUAAGUGUAUACCUACUUUUGUUUUUUCAAUUAUGAAUAAUCCCUUUUUAAAUAGAAAUUUGAAUGAAAUGUAUUUUCUUAGAAAUGUUGAUAUGUAUAACACUAAUAUCAGAUUUGCCUAUUAAGAGUUGUAACAGUUUAAAAUUUAAACUGGAAAUGUUAUCAGUUUAUCAUUUAUCAUAUUAUAAAUAGAUAUGCAAUUUAUUACCCUUUCUUACUCAUUUGGUCUAAACUUUAUACCAUUUAAAGUCUUAUGGUAAAUCUGAUAUUACUAUCAGACUGCUGGUAUACGAAUAACUUUCUGUUUCUAAAUAAACUUAUAUCUAGUCAUGUUAAUUCCCCUACUCAUCUGGCAGAUAUUAACUUUAGAGUGGUUACUUGUCAAUUUUGUGUCCUUAAUUUUAAAAUUAAAGUGAAUUGGCCUAUUACCAUACUUAAAGUUAAGAAGAUUAUCUAUGCAUCAGCAUUAAUAUUUUUUUUUAUAUUUUGAGUUUUAAGUAAGAUGUGUUUGUGAGAUAUUACAAUAUAAAAAUGAUUAUAUCUCAUUUAAAAAUAUUGAGAAAAAGAACAUCAACACUGGGGCACAGAUAAUCUAACCUUUAAGUUUCGUAAUGUUUAUCGAUUCAUUUUAAUACUAAAACUAAAAAUACAAUUUGUUCUACUGAAUGCAAAUUUGCUGUCGCGCAAAUCAGAGACAGUAGAUGCCGGUGUUGCGUUUUCUUAAUAAAUCUAAACACAAUUUAUAAACUGAUGGUCUGGCAAACUCCGGUGUUUUAUAAAAUAUUUUUAAUUUAUAUAAAUUUAUAUUUUUGUCAAUAAUCUAUUAUUACAAGUUAAAUAAUAUUGUUCUUUGACGUAAAUCAAUUUAAUUGGAAUUUUAACCAUUUAUAUCCUUGUAAAAAUAAACAAUUAUUUUAAAAAGUUUUAAAUUGUUGAAAACAUUUUGAACCCCCUCAGAUACAGCCUCGUUAAUAUUUUAUAAAAUAAUUUGUACUCUUGUUUCUAAAAUAAGUAUGAAUGCAUUUCUAGUAAUAAUCAAUACUAUAUUUUUAUAUUAUAAAAAUAUAAUAAUGUAGUUUUCAAAAUUGUAGGUGGUGCACUGCUCCUGUGCACCUUAACACGAGCCAUCACUGGUUAUUAUUAUAAAUAACUAUUAUAUUAAAUUUUUCUAGGAGGCAUUGAGUAAAACAAAAUUCCAGCGCAAAAACCAAAUGGGCUUACUCUCUCGUUUGGCAGCUGAACCCACUGGUUAUGCAGAAUGUUAUCCAGGUUUAGAUGAGAUGCACGAUGCUAUUGAGGAUUCAGAUGACGAGGCAGAUUAUACGAAAAUGGAUUUGGGCAACAAGAAAGGGCCGGUUGGUCGUUGGGAUUUUGACACAGCCGAAGAAUAUGGUACAUAUAUGAGUAAUAAAGAAGCACUGCCAAAAGCAGCUUUCCAGUAUGGUGUCAAAAUGACAGAUGGCCGACGUACACGUAAACACAACAAAGAAAAGAACGAAAAAGCUGAACUUGAUCGUGAAUGGAAUAAGAUUCAAAAUAUAAUACAAAAACGUAAAGCCCCAUCUGGUAAAGAUGAGGGAGUAUCAUUUAAAGUACCUAAGUAUUAGUCAAACAUUUAUAAGUUAAUACACUAUUAUAUAUAUAUAUAUAUGUAUAUUAUACAGUUUAGUUACAUAAUGUAAUA